AUGGCGGGUCUUCUGUCAGACCCGCAGCCUGGCGUCUUGCUGAUCUUCCUGCUCAAUCUCCUCCAUCCCGCGCAGCCUGGAGGGGUUCCAGGAGCUGUGCCUGGCGGAGUUCCCGGUGGGGUCUAUUAUCCAGGGACUGGUAUUGGAGGCCUGGGAGGAGGAGCUCUGGGACCUGGAGGAAAGCCACCUAAGCCAGGUGCUGGGCUUCUGGGGGCAUUUGGAGCAGGCCCUGGAGGACUUGCAGGUGCUGGCCCUGGGGCAGGUCUUGGAGCCUUUCCUGCGGGCACCUACCCAGGGGCAGGUGCUCUGGUGCCUGGAGGAGCAGCAGGGGCUGCUGCAACUUAUAAAGCUGCUGCCAAAGCUGGGGCCGGGCUUGGUGGGAUUGGGGGAGUUCCUGGUGGUGUCGGAGUUGGCGGAGUUCCUGGUGGUGUCGGAGUUGGCGGAGUUCCUGGUGGUGUUGGUGGUAUUGGUGGCAUCGGCGGGUUAGGAGUAUCCACAGGUGCUGUGGUGCCACAAGUUGGAGCUGGUGUCGGAGCUGGAGGAAAGCCUGGAAAAGUUCCUGGUGUUGGUCUUCCAGGUGUAUACCCAGGCGGAGUGCUCCCAGGCACAGGAGCUCGUUUCCCUGGUGUGGGGGUGCUCCCUGGAGUUCCCAUUGGCACAGGAGUUAAGGCAAAGGUUCCAGGUGGAGGUGGUGCUUUUGGUGGAAUCCCAGGAGUCGGGCCCUUUGGGGGACAGCAGCCUGGUGUCCCACUGGGUUACCCCAUCAAAGCCCCAAAGCUGCCAGGUGGCUACGGACUACCCUAUACCAAUGGGAAAUUGCCCUAUGGAGUGGCUGGUGCAGGGGGCAAGGCUGGCUACCCUACAGGAACAGGGGUUGGAUCCCAGGCGGCAGCAGCAGCAGCUAAAGCAGCCAAGUAUGGUGCAGGAGGAGGAGCUGGAGUCUUCCCUGGUGUUGGAGGGGGUGGCAUUCCUGGUGGUGCUGGCACAAUUCCUGGGAUUGGAGGCAUUGCAGGUGCUGGAACUCCCGCAGCAGCUGCUGCUGCCAAGGCUGCUGCCAAGGCUGCUAAGUAUGGAGCUGCUGGAGGCUUAGUGCCUGGUGGACCAGGAGUUAGGGUCCCAGGUGCUGGAAUCCCAGGUGUUGGUGGCAUUCCAGGUGUUGGUGGCAUCCCAGGUGUUGGUGGCAUCCCAGGUAUUGGUGGCAUCCCAGGUGUUGGUGGCAUCCCAGGUGUUGGUGGCAUCCCAGGUGUUGGAGUGGGUGGACCAGGGGCUGUGUCACCAGCUGUGGCUGCUAAAGCAGCUGCCAAAGCUGCCAAAUAUGGAGCCAGAGGUGGAGUUGGCAUUCCGACAUAUGGGGUUGGUGCUGGGGGCUUUCCUGGCUAUGCUGUUGGAGCCGGAGCUGGACUUGGAGGUGCAAGCCAAGCAGCUGCUGCUGCCGCCAAAGCUGCCAAGUAUGGUGCUGGAGGAGCUGGAGGCCUGGGAGGCCUGGUACCAGGUGCAGUACCAGGUGCAGUACCAGGUGCAGUGCCAGGUGCAGUGCCAGGUGCAAUACCAGGUGUUCCAGGCACUGGUGGAGUGCCAGGUGAGCUAUGUCCCCUGUCCUGAGAUGGGUGUGUACUG